AUCUUCCGGCGGCCUGGUAUGACAAGAGAGGGGCUUUGGUACUGAAAGCAACGCAAUAAGCCGACCUCCCCUUCCUUCUUGACUUCUAGUGCCAUGUCACUCAGAAGUAUCGAUUCAAGGAUGGCGGAUCACACGAAACAUCAUCCCUUGCAUGAGACUUGCACAAUCACAUCACGAAACUUUGCUACCUCUGAGCGGCGGUGAACCGUAUCAACGCCAGCGCCUUCUGAGGGAGAUUGAUGGAUUUGCUCGCGGAUCUCUGGAUAUAAGUAUCAUGUUCGAAACUCUUUCAGUUCCUCAUCUGUUGAUUCACCAAAGCUCCUCAUUCCCCUAAGUUUCUUCAUUUUCUGCUCGCAACCAAACAAUUUCAUCAACCUUUUCUUCCUACCUCAAACGGAGCACAGCUUUCACAUAUCCCUACCACAAUGUUUGUUCAUGAUACUGGAGAUGAACAGAAUGGGUUCGGAUUCGAGUCCGGAGUCCUGCCCAAUCCCACGUUGAAUUCGAGGACCGAUGUCUCCAUUGGCGAACAAGAUCAUUUGAGCCUCUCAAUCAUCCCGGCCACGUACAGUUCGCAAGUUCUCCCCUGGUACCCUGGUAUGAAUCAGGCCGAAGACGAUCAGGAUGGCGUUUUCACCAUCGACGACAUCCAGUUUCGCGAGAACCGGGGGUCCACGUUGCAACCUCUAGCACUUGAUGGGUACCCAUCUAUUCCUCGCCAGUUCGACGGCUCCUUCGAGGAUGCCCGGUUUUUUCCGACAGCAACGCGAUCGCAAUUUGCAGCGGAUGGCCUCGUCCACUCCUCCCGUCCCACUUCAGAUCGACCUGGCACAUCUGGCAUUGCGUCCGAUUCUGGAUCGAAUGUUGCGGACCUAUCAAGCGGGACCUCUGAAAUGUCGACCUUUGAGACUCCCUCGAAUAGAGUACGAAACAGACCUUCGCGUGGGGAAUAUCCUUGCCCGGGCGCAUUUGAUAACUGCACAGGCCGAUUCUCUACCGCGAGCGUUGCCACCCGCCACUACAUGGAUUUGCACAUGAGGUUCAAAAGAUGGAUAUGCAACCAGCCAGGUUGCAGAGCAGUCCGGGGGCACAGCGUUGACAUGGCGAACCACCUCUUCACACACGGCUUUGCCAAAGAUGAAGAUCGUUUGAAAGUGACGAUCGAUGCCUGUUACAGGCAAGGAAGUCUUCCGUGCCCGCAUUGCGGAUUUGUUUUCCGCAGCGAGCCCGCCACGGCCGCCCGGAUCACCCAUCUCGAGCAUAUGAGGAUCCAUUGGCAGGAGCGUUUGGCUUGGGCUUCAGCAAUUGCUGAGUAGGUCUAUCUGAAGCUGCAAGGCCGGUCAUGUGGCUCCAAGGAAGAAGUUUGCAGCACUCCAACUUGUGAUCUGGU